GAACACCCAAUCGGGGCGGGGAGCGGCUCAAGGUUGGAGGUUAAAGGCUGCCCUGCUCAGUUGUCUGUGGGCUUUCUCCCAGUUCUUCAGUUAUGGGCGUUUUAUUGCGCCGAAUCAGUACUGCCUCUGUGUUGGGAGCUGCUGCCUGGAGACUCGGUUCAUAUUACUUUUACUCUGGAGAGGCCAUUAGAAAAUCUGACGUUCUCAUCAAGGCCAAGAUGAAGAUUGAGCUGUUGCCAGCGCUGACGGAUAACUACAUGUAUCUUCUCAUUGAUAAUGAAACCAGAGAAGCAGCAAUAGUGGAUCCAGUGGAGCCAAAGAAGGCAAUUGAAGCAGUUAAGAAACAUGGAGUAAAACUGACCUCUGUCCUUACCACACACCACCACUGGGACCAUGCUGGAGGGAAUGUGGAUCUGUUAAAGAAAGUACCUGGCCUCCACGUCUACGGUGGUGAUGACCGCAUUGGAGCUCUCACGUGCAAAGUAUCGCAUAAGAAAAAGUUCCAGGUUGGCUCUUUGAAUGUGGAAUGCCUCUUUACACCCUGUCAUACAUCAGGACAUAUCUGCUACUAUGUGACAAAGGAAAAUGGUACUGAAGCACCAGCUGUAUUCACUGGUGAUACACUCUUUGUUGGUGGCUGUGGCAAAUUCUUUGAAGGAUCUGGUGAGGAGAUGUAUCGAGCUCUAAUUGACAUCCUGGGAAGCCUGCCACUUGAGACUAGGGUAUUCUGUGGGCACGAGUAUACAAUCAACAAUCUUAAAUUUGCGCGACAUGUUGAACCAAGCAAUGAAGUGAUCAAACAAAAAUUGGCUUGGGCUAAGGAACACUAUAAUCUUGGAAAUCCUACCAUCCCUUCCACCAUUGGAGAGGAAUUUAGUUAUAACCCAUUCAUGAGAGUCAGGGAGAAGAGUGUUCAGGACCAUGCUGGACAAAAAGAUGCAAUUUCUACAAUGGACGCCAUCAGAAAAGAAAAAGAUCAUUUUAAAGUACCAGCGGAUUAAUUGUUGAAUAUGGCCACAGCAUUCCUUCAAUACAGAUUAUCUCCUGUACCUGGAAUUACAGUAAGGAGCAAAGUGUAUUUAGUAAUUAAUCUUCUAAAUAAAUUGAAAUUGCUUUUCAGAUGGAAUAUGUAUAAUAUAUUUAAUUUUGUUGUAUUUUAGGUCAAUGAAAGUUAUCAACACAUUCUUUAACUUUAGUCGUACAGUGAUUUGGUUUCCUCUGUUUCUCUCCCCAUUCUAGCCUGCUUGUAAGUUUAUUUCACCUGCUGCCAUUUUCUGGAAGGCAAGCAGUUUAAUUGAUUUCAUACCCAACCAAACGUCCCAGAGUUUAAUUGAUUUCAUACCCAACCAAACGUCCCAGGGUUACAUCACCAAGUUGUCCUGUUGUACCAAGGCAUGAAAAGUAGAAAGUACCAAUGAUAUCCUACUACCAGGGAUGAAAAAUUUGAAAGUGGCCUUCCAAGUUCUUCUGGAGAAAGAUAAUGGUUGUAAAAAUCACUAAGUUUUUAAAAAUUAAAAAAUAAUUAAAUCUGGUUCUAGCUAAAACUGCAUGGAGUCACUUUGUUUGAGAAUAUAAUUCUAUUCCUUUUUUGACGCAGGCAUUUCGUCAACCUUUUAUUUGUUUUACAAUCUUUGAAGGUGCCAGAAAUCCUUAAAUUCAAAAGCACUUUCUUGACCUGCUGUUACGUGAGUGUGAAAAAAGUUAAUAGUAAAAGUAAAAAUCUAAUUUAAGUAAUAUAAUGUUGACUUAUUAAUUACUAAACUACAAGUUAAGAAUCUUACUAUUAGAACUAAAACCAUUAAAUGGCAUUUAUAGAGAGAAAAACAAAUAGAAGGACAAUAUAUAGUUGAAAAUGAUGCACGAACACUUUCCUACCUUUCAUUCAAAAACAAAGAACUGUUCUACAGAUCUUCUAUAAGAAUGUAUUUUAUGAUGCAGAUCACAUUUAGUCUUGACUUCCUUCUUGACAUCUUUAAUUGUAUAACAAAAUGUAUUUGGAUUGCUUGCGUUAAGUCAAGGGCUAUAGGGAGGGGCUGAUUUUAAAAAUGCAAGAUCUCUUUGUGGUAGACAUAAAGUAAUAUAGAUAUUUAGCAGAUGCUUUCAAUGGUAUGCCCUAGAAUCUAAGUGUCAACAAAUUAAGUAUCUUGAAGCAGUACUUCAUCCAAAAUUAAUUGCUGCUUGACUGAAUGGUUCUGUGUAAAAACUUGUAAUUAUUGCUCUUGUAGAACUUAUUUUUCUUAACCUAGGUUAAUGCCUUCAGCAAAGACCUUGCAGUCAUUAAUAAAACCAGCACAUGCUGACUUCUCUGCAUGAAUUUAUUAUUAUUCCAUCAAUCUAUCUAAGCAGAACCAGAUCUGAGAGAAAGAUUUUGUUGUUCUCUUCAGAGUGGCAUCCUUGUGUGGAAUGUAUAGUAAGAACUUCUCAGUUGACAAUAUACCUGUGAUUGUUUCCGCUUCUUUGUACAUUUUUGGAAUUAUAAUAUUAAUUUUGUGAAGUUGUGAAGAGAAAUAUAAUUGAGUAAAUAAAAUAUCUUGUGUUAUUCAUUAU